CCAUGGUGCAAACUGAGCCUCCAAACCUCUCAGAACCCGCAAUUUUAUUCCCUCCGCACCGCCGGCGGCCACUUCUUAGCCGUACUUAUCGUACUCUUAUUGGAAUCCUUUCUCACUGCCAUUCCGUUCUUCCUCUUCAAGAGCAAACGCAAGUUGAUAAUGGUAAUACGGAAUCAAUACCAGUGUUUGAAGAAAAUCUAUCAAUCAAUAAUGAUAAAGGGACUUGGACUGAUUUAUUAGGUCCACUUGCCCAUGGCAAGGAUUCAAGAAAUGAAUUAGUUCAAGAGAUUUCUACUGGCGAAGACAAAGAUAACUUUGGUCUUCAAGAAGAAGUUAAUUGUGAUAAACAUGCAGCCGGAUCAAUAUUGGAUCACAUUAACUUGAAACAAGAUGGAAAGCAGGACAUAGCUCCAUCAAGUACAAGCAGGGCUGUGGAUCUUUUAACAGAUAUGAACCAAAGAGAAGAUUGUGCUAUUCAAAGUGACAAGGAGCAAACAAUUGAAAACAGCAUGUUUGACAUUCAGAUGGGGGACCUGGGUGCGUUGGAGCGGCUUGAAGUGGACAAGGAUUUUUCUGUUAGUGAUUUUUCUGAAAUUCUCGACUCUUGCUUUGACAUGGAUAUGGUUUUUCACACAUCAGAUACUGUGUCUGAAAGUCAGGAGAAUGGUCUGAUUUUGGAGGAGGGCACAAAAAAAAAUUCCGUGCUUGAAUUGCAACUGAAGGAGAUGGAGCUGGAGAAGCUCAUGUACAAUUCAGGAGUGGGGGAGUCAACUUCUUGUCCAAGUGCCAAUGGUGAAAUGGAAGAGGGAGAAAUCUCUGAUGACUUCAUGGCUAUUGAUGCAUCAUUUGAUACCUUAUCUGAAGAUAUUGUAUUAAUGCAAGAAAAAACUGUUGAAAUGGAGCAUGCUUCACAGGCAGCUCCUGGUAAAGAAUUCAUUUGUGAUGCUGAAGUUAGUGGAGAUAUGCAGCAUGAAAUGGCUGAUGCGUCACUAAUUGAAACAAUGAAUAGAGACAAUAAUUGUACAAGGAUAGAAAGCAGAACAACUGUUGCACAUGUGGAAGAUAGUUGUGUGAAAAGUGUUGCUUCUGAUGGGGAAGCAGGGACUCAAAGCAGUGGCCCUAGAGUUUCUUGUGUGGAAAAUGGAACUCCGGUUGACAUAAUCAUACAACAGAAUGCUGCUGAAAGUCAAUUGUCGGAUAUCAUUGAAAUGAAUGGAGAUAUGAAGAAAAAAAGAAAGAAGGGUCCCCUGACUAAGGAAAAGAGAGCUAAGAAAAAGAAAAAGGAGAGAAUCAAACGAGCAGAAAAGAACAGAAAACUUGGGGUUAAAAGAUUAAAGCUGCCUCCAAUUACAAAAAAGAAGAAGAUAGUAUAUUGCCGACAUUACAUUCACGGAAGAUGCCAUGAGGGUGAGAAAUGCAAAUUCUCGCAUGAUACAGUUCCCUUGACAAAGUCUAAGCCCUGUGGUCAUUUUGCUCGUCGUUCCUGCAUGAAAGGAGAUGAUUGUCCUUUUGACCAUGAACUCUCUAAGUAUCCAUGCAACAACUAUGCUACACAGGGUUUCUGCACUAGAGGAUCUGACUGUUUGUUCUCACAUGAGAUACCAGCCAAUCAGAAUCUCUCUGUGUUGACUAAGGAAGGAUCUUCCACAGCAUCAAAGGUCCCCAAGCCUGGACUGAAGUUACCAUCGUCACUGAAAAACUCAGACUCUAGCAAGAUAGCCGAUAACCAUGGUGUGUUUAGUCAGAAAAAUGGUGCUAAAUUAUUUUCUGCUGAGAACAACUCCCUGCAUCAGGGUAUUGGACCAGCCUCAAAAACUACGGGGAAAGUACCCAAAGGAGUAAGCUUCCUUUUGAAUGAAGAGAACUCACGUUGUGAAAGCAGUGGUAGCAAACAAAGCGGAUCGACUUUGAAAACAAGUGUUGGUGGUAGUGAAACAGCCAAAUUUGCCAUCAGUGCUGAUAAGAUAAAUGAACUGCCCGAGAGGGCAGUUCUGAAGAAACCACGGGGAUUGAAUUUUCUCUCCUUUGCCAAACUACCUGCCGAUGGUUCCACUAGUGAGAUUAUCUCAGGUUUACUUUCGAAACAUAAUAUUUUGACAGGGAAAUCAGUGGCGGAAGAUGAAGGUAAAGUGGCUGGCUCUUUUUUGGGAAGCAGUGGAACUCUUGAAGAUGUCAAUAGCCAGACAAUCCAGAGUGCUCUAUGCAUACAGGGUGCGAAGGAAAACAUAAAUGGAGGCUCUACCUUCGACAAGACGCUUUCGGAUUCUUCAAAGAAGCAAGAUAUUCUUCUUUCCGGCUUAGGUGAGGCUGCAUUGUCAUUGAUUAAAGAGAGGCAAGGCAAGUUAAGGCAGCUUCCUGACUCCAUGGAAAUACCGAAUUCCUCAAGCGGGGCUGAGGAUCAAUCUGUUGGUCGGAAAGAUGCAGAUUUAAGCAGCAGCAGCAGCAGCAGCAGGUUUUCGAAAACAUCAUUGUUGCAAAAUACAGCUAGUUCUGCUGCAGUCCGGUCAACAUUAGCAUUUGCUGCAAAGUUUGAGGGCGCAGUUAGAGCUGGUUCAUUUCUUUGGUAAUGGAGGAAGCUAAUAGAAAAAUGAGUCAUGAUGGAUGGAUCCAACAGGUCAGUAAUGCUUUUCUUUUAUAUGGAAACAAAUUCGUUCAAUCAACUUAAAUGUAAAUGUUAUUAUUAUUAAAUUUACAUAUUUACAUCAUGGAUUGAUAUCA